UCUGGUGUGUCCAGAGCACCAUCCAUGAGGAGUGAUCGGUCUAAAGAUGAGCCCCCUCGCAUGGCAGAAGAGAGAAGAGACACUGGUGUGUCCAGAGCUCCAUCCAUGAGGAGUGAUCAGUCAAAAGAUGCGCCCCCUCGCAUGGCAGCAGAGAGAAGAGACUCUGGUGUGUCCAGCGCUCCAUCCAUGAGGAGUGAUCGGUCUAAAGAUGCGCCCCCUCGCAUGGCAGAAGAGAGAAGAGACACUGGUGUGUCCAGAGCUCCAUCCAUGAGGAGUGAUCAGUCAAAAGAUGCGCCCCCUCGCAUGACAGCAGAGAGAAGGGAACAAGAGAUGCGAUGUGAACAGGACACCAGCGAUCAAGACAAGCAAGGGGGUCUUCAUCAUAUUUUUGAGGUGCUCGAGGAGAAGAUCAUCACUUUUGUGAAGAAAGAGCUGCAGAGAUAUAAGCAGAUUCUUAGUCCAGCCUAUCAUGAAACCUUUGAGAAGAUAUCAGAGGAUGAGAGUGAUGCCAGGGAAGGAGUUCUCCAGAUGACACUGCACUUCCUCCGUAAGAUGGAGCUCCAGGAUCUUGCUGACGAAUUGCAUGAAAAUGAGUCGAACUUGACUUGUCUGAAUAACCUGAAAAGAAAUCUCAAGAAGAAGUACCAGAAUGUGUUUGAAGGAAUAGCCAAACAUGGAAGCUCUGUUCUGCUACAAAAGAUCUACACAGACCUCUACAUCACAGAGGGAGGAAGUGGGAAUGUAAAUGAGGAGCAUGAGGUCAGGCAGAUUGAAUCCAAGUCCAAGAGUGUAGCUGAACAGGACAAACCAAUCAAGAUUGCUGACAUCUUUAAACACUCACCUGGUCAGGACAAACCAAACAGAAGAGUUCUCACAAAGGGUGUGGCUGGCAUUGGCAAAACCAUCUCUGUGCACAAGUACAUCCUGGAUUGGGCUGAGGGAAAUGACAACAAAGAGAUCCAUUUCAUCUUCCCACUGUGCUUUAGGGAGCUCAACCUCAUGAGACACAAGACAUUCUCUUUGAUGGAUCUUCUUUACUGCUUCUUCCCAGAGCUUAAACAGCUAACCAUUGACAUCCAGCAUAAAUUCAAAGUGUUGUUUGUCUUUGAUGGUCUGGAUGAGUGUCGACUCCAACUAAACUUUCAGACAACUGAAAGUUUGAGUGACACAAAAGUUGUCCAAUCAAUGGAUGUACUCUUGACAAAUCUCAUCAAGGGUAAUCUCUUCCCCUCUGCUCUCAUCUGGAUAACCUCUCGACCAGCGGCAGCCAGUCAAAUUCCUCAUGAGCACGUUGACCUGGUGACAGAAGUGCAAGGCUUCAAUGACUUCCAAAAGGAAGAGUACUUCAGGAAGAGGAUCAAUGAUGAGAGUCUUAGAAGCAGAAUAGUUUCCCACAUUAAAUCAACAAGGAGCCUCAACAUUAUGUGCUACAUGCCUGUGUUCUGUUGGAUUGCUGCUACUGUUCUUGAGAUGAUUUGUCCCUUAGGACACACACAGAUUCCAAAGACUUUGACGGAAAUGUACACAUAUUUCCUUGUUUUUCAAACCAGACAGAAAAACACCAAAUUUGACAAUGUGCAUGGCCUUGAUCUACAAUUGAAUCAUGAGCUGAUCCUAAAUCUGGGAAAGCUAGCCUACAAACAGUUAGAGAAGGGAAAUCUAAUAUUUUAUGAAGACGACCUCAGGGAGUGUGGCAUUGAUUUCAAAGAAGCAGCAGUGUACUCAGGAGUAUGCAACCAGAUCUUCCGCGAAGAAUCUGGGAUCUUUCUUGGGACAGUGUUCUCCUUUGUGCAUCUCAGUAUCCAGGAGUAUCUUGCCGCUCUGUAUGCAUUUCUGAAGAUGGCAUUUGGAAGGAAAGACAUAAUAUCAACAGCCCCUCAAACGGCAGACUCCAUGUUCACCUUGCAUAAGAGUGCUGUGGACAAAGCUUUUGCUUUUGAAGAUGGACGCUUUGACCUUUUCCUCCGUUUCCUUCUUGGCCUCUCUAUGGAGUCAAACCAGUCUCUCCUGCAUGGUCUGAUCAAUAGAGGACAGAUGGGCAUUAUGGAGAAGAUCAGGGCAGCUCUUGGCCAAGCUGGCCAUCAAGGCCAACUGAAGAAAUGGCAGAUGGACAAUGACAAAACAAUCAGGUACAUUAAGGAGAAGAUACUGGAUGUUUCCUCCUCAGAAAGAAUGAUUAACCUCUUCCACUGCCUGAAUGAACUCAAUGACCACUCCUUAGUGGAGGACAUCCAGAGAUACCUGCGUGCAGGAACACUGUCUGAAGCCCAGCUCUCACCUGGCCAGUGGUCAGCUCUAGUGUUUGUGCUGCUGACAUCAGACCAGAAUCUGGACGUGUUUGACUUGAAGAAGUACGUCAGAUCUGAUGAAGCUCUCCUGAGGUUGACGCCAGUAGUAGAGGAAUCCCACACAACUCUGGUUGAUAGCUGUGGGCUCACUGCACAGAGCUGCACAACACUAGCCUCCAUCCUCGGCAAACAAUCAUCAAAUCUCAGAAAACUGGAUCUCAGUGGCAACUGCAUUGGAGAUGCUGGGAUCAAGAAACUGUGUAGUGGCCUGAAGAACCUGAGAUGUUCACUGGAGACCCUGAAACUGUCAGACUGCAGCAUAAAAGGAAAGGGAUAUGCUGCUCUGGCCACAGCUCUCAAAUCAAACCCUUCACACCUGGAGGAGCUGGACCUGAGAGGAAAUGACCCUCGACAUGCUGAACUGAAGCUCCUCACUGAUUUACUGCAGGAUCCUGCCUGUAAACUCAAGAGUCUGAGGCAAGAAAGAGCAUUUCACACUUAGUGUACUAAAUAAUGGUUCCUGAAUAGCAGUGAUGCCAUUGGUGAAGUCUCAGUUAAUAUUUAUCUUUUGUUAGCCAUUGUCACUUAACUAGUUCUCAUAUUUCUCAUCCAAUUAUUUAAAAAUGUCUAAUAAUGCUGUGUGUGUGUGGUGUGAAUAUUUUUCCCCUUGUACAGCAUGUGAAGCAUGUAGUAGCUUUCAGAUGGGUCCACCGACAGGCUGUUCAGCUCAACUGCAUCAUAGCAACAUUGCCAUGAGUUUUAUGUAACUGAUCAGCUCAUAACAUUUUUUUGACAGGAAAAGUGACAACAAAGUCUCUGUGCAAAGGGAUUAAGCACAGUCUAAAUCAUUGACAGGAUGUUUAAGAACAUGUUAACUUGGAAAAGUCUACAGUUAUUAUACA